AUGGCCACGCCGUGGAGCGACACAGGUCCCGGCGGCGUCGCCGUCCCCCGGGCGGGCCUCAAGAAGGACGUGCUGCCCCCGGACUACAGCGGUAUCACCUUCCCGGAGAGGACGAAGCUGAAGUUCAUGGACAAGGUGCCGGCGGUGCCCAAGGUCAAGCGGGAGCCCCGGCAGCUGCGUGACAUCCGUGGGCCGUCCCAGGAGGCCACCGACUUCAUCCAGGGACAGUACGGGAUCCUGGCUUUAGGGGGCGGAUACCUCCACUGGGGCCACUUUGAGAUGAUCCGCCUGACCAUCGGCCGCAGCAUGGACCCCAAAACCAUGUUCGCCAUCUGGCGCGUGCCGGCCCCCUACAAACCAGUGACACGGAAGAGCCUGGGACACCGCAUGGGGGGCGGCAAGGGUCCCAUCGACCAUUACGUGACGGCGGUGAAGAGCGGGCGUCUGGUGGUGGAGGUAGGCGGGCGCUGCGAGUUUGGGGAGGUGAAACCCUUCCUCACGCAGGUGGCCAAGAAACUGCCCUUCCCCGCCAUCCCCAUCAGCCGCGAUGGCCUCCAGCAGAUGCGGGAGGAGGAAGAGGAGAAGAAGCUCAACAACCAAAACCCCUGGACUUUCGAGCGCAUCGUCACCGCCAACAUGCUGGGAAUGCGCAAGUACCUCAGCCCCUAUGACCUGCAGCUGAAGGGACGCUACUGGGGCAAAUUCUUCCUGAAACACAGGGUGUAACGAGCAG